CAUAUCAACUUCAUGCAUCCUAUCUUCGCCGGGCGGGAUUUCCGCAAUAAUAUCAAGUAUGGCGAAAACAUACGACUAUUUGUUUAAAUUACUUCUCAUCGGGGACUCUGGUGUCGGGAAGACCUGUGUGCUCUUCAGGUUUUCAGAGGACGCCUUCAACUCAACGUUUAUCUCAACAAUAGGUAUUGAUUUCAAGAUUAGGACAAUAGAGCUUGAUGGCAAGAAGAUAAAGUUACAGAUAUGGGAUACAGCAGGCCAGGAGCGUUUCAGAACAAUCACAACAGCCUACUACAGAGGAGCAAUGGGCAUCAUGCUUGUCUAUGACAUCACGAAUGAGAAAUCUUUUGAUAAUAUCAAGAACUGGAUACGGAACAUAGAGGAACAUGCGUCAUCUGAUGUUGAGAAGAUGGUCCUUGGCAAUAAAUGUGACAUCAACGACAAGAGGCAGGUGUCCAAAGACAGGGGAGAGAAGCUCGCACUAGAGUAUGGGAUCAAGUUCAUGGAGACCAGUGCAAAGGCCAACAUCAAUGUGGAAAAUGCAUUUUUGACUCUUGCCAGAGACAUCAAAUCAAAGAUGGACACAAAAAUGGAAGGCAACGCUCCUCAGGGUGCCGGUCACGGAGUCAAGAUCUCGGAGCCACAGAAAAAGAGCAGUUUCUUCCGCUGCAGCUUGCUCUGAGAGCCAAAGCUAUUCAUGCUGGCAACAAGCUAGCUGGACACAACUUGACUGUCUUUGCUCUCAGCACUUCCUCCUCUUUUUCCUUAUUCUUCCCAAACAUUGCCUCUCCUGCUCUGCAAAAACCACUGUUGUCAGUAGGUGGAGGACUUCCCCUCCUCUCUUCCUUUCCUGAAGGCUUCCAGAGGUUCGUCGCUUCCAUUUUUAGAGGAUAACUUGUCUUCAUUCUCCACAGCUUUUUAACCAACAGAGGUCUCAAACCUGAACACGAUCCACGUUCUCUGUUACAAAAUAUGGGUUUUUUUCAUUUCUCCCAGCCAGUAGCAGAACCAAUGACAGACGAUGCGUACAUCAUUACAAUAUUUUUGAAUUGGAAACUAUAAAUUGUGUUUUGAUCUAUUUUUGACAUCACUCUUCGCUUUUUUUCUGCGUGUUGCUGAACAGAGACGGAUGUCCCAACCUUCAGUGAAACACGAGUUGCACUUUUUUCAUAUCAGCAGCUGAAGUCAUAUCACGGUGCAUAAAGUCCAUUUAAAAUCAGUUGGAAGGUUCUUUUUUUUUGUUCUCUUUCAUUUUAUUUCUUGUUCUUGACAAUCAUCUGAUGUGACUGAAAAUUAGGCUUUUCUUAAGCCCUGAUCACUGCCGCCAAAAUCUUUUUGCACUAGCGUCCAAGUGUCUGCAAAACACAGUCUGGGUUUUUAUCAGUCCUGCUGUCCAAAGUUUAACUGAAAAUAAGAGGUGGCAGAUUUCUGUAAUUGAUUCCUGAAGCAGUAACCCGUAUAGAGAGAAGACUCUUAAUCUAAACUAGUUUCUGGUUUUCUUUUAAGGUCUAACCUGCUGAUGAUAUACAAAAAA